AUGAACCCUUUUCCGACGGAAUUUUUUUUACAGAGCACAACCACAGUAAGCUUCUGUAAGCGUUCCAUGCGUCGACGGCGGUUUUGCUCACAUUACAUGUAUAGAGGAAAAUUUCCCGCAAAUGGCAUUUUUCUGGGACGAAAGUUGGUCAUCUUUGAAGCUUUAUAAAACCCGUUAUUCUAAACCUAACCACACGAAGCAUAUAUCGAUAGACAGUGUUUUCAACGUUCUUUCAGGCGAUAUCACGAGAUGCACCAAAACUUUAACUCUACCUGUAAAAAAGGCGCAACUAAAAAACGGCACGGUCAUACUUCUACGCCUAAUAUUUACUAAAUUUUCUUAAAAUUUUGAUCGGAUAUCGACAUAAAUCAAUUUUUUCAAAAUUCAAUUUUUUGACAUAAAAAUUACAUUGUUUCAGGCCUGGCCGAACCUGGACAACUAGUCGCUUUGAUGGGCGGAUCGGGUGCCGGCAAAACAACCUUGAUGAACACACUUCUUGGCCGAAAUUUGAAGGGACUUGAAGUGGAAGGCGAAGUUUUGAUAAAUGGCGUGGAGAUGGGAAGCAAAAUCACGAACGUUGCGGGGUACGUUCAACAGGAUGAGUUGUUUGUGGGAACGUUGACGGUCCAGGAGCAUUUGGAAGCGCAGGCGGACCUGAGAUUGGCCGAUUUGAGCAAGAAGCAAAAGAAAAAUAGGGUUGAUGAGGUAAGUGGAACAUGUGGAGGGAAGAACAGUUUUUUGGAGGUUUGUUUUGUGGAUAUACGACGGAAUUAGAUUGAUUACUGUAUGAAAAGUUUGUGUAAAAAUUUUGAAACCGAUUGUAUUGAAAGAUUUGACCGAAGCUUGGGCGCAGCCUGCGGGUCUCCCAUUCGGCCAAAUACGAUCUAUAAAGCCAGGGAAAGUAAUGUAAAUCGUUCAGUAAGAAAGGAAAUGUAAUUGUAAAAUGACAUCUUUUCGUUGGUCUGGCAAUUUCGUAAAGGCAGGGCGCAGCUUGCGGAAUAUUUAUUUUUUAAUUUCUGCAAGCUGCGCUCUGGUUUAUUACUGUAGAAUUAGCCAAUAGAAAGCUUUCUUAAAAUGACCGUCUUUUACAUACAAAAAUAUGUAAAAGACAAAUAUAUCUGGUUUAAAAAAAGUUGAAAAGCUAGGGCGCAGGUUGCGGAAAUUUUUCAAAUUUUGAUGAUGUUUGGAAUUGAUUUUGUAAUUGAAGCAGUAAAAUUGACUUCUCAAAACGGAUUUUAAUUUGCUAACGUUAAGUUUUGCAGCUGAUUUCCCAACUUGGCCUCACCAAAUGCCGUUAUUCGAGAAUCGGCGUCCCCGGAAUCACCAAAGGAAUUUCAGGUAAAAUACGAGAAUAAAUUUGCAGAAAAUUGGUUUUUAUACGACCUAAUUUUGAGUUUAGGCGGAGAGGCCCGACGUCUGGCGUUUGCAUCGGCCUUGAUGAACCACCCACCCCUACUUUUCUGCGAUGAACCGACCACCGGACUGGACUCGGCCAUGGCCGAAAGUGUGGUAAAUGUAAUGGAAGACUUGGCCAAAAGAGGCUACACCGUGAUCUGCACUAUUCAUCAGCCCUCAUCCGAGAUUUACAUGAAGUUUAAUCAGGUAUGAGAUUGAGUUUGUGGAGAGUGGGAACAAAUGUCAUGAAUAAUAUAAAUUUUGAUUUAUUUAACCAGAGAAACGAUUUAUAAUGGAUUUUACGGACUUUUUAGACUAUUUAUAGCUCAGAUUUACUGCUUUUGAAUUUUUUCGCCCAUUGAGACAGAAAGCCAAAAUAAAAAAAAUUGGCGGGAAUUUAAAUUUUUGAAAAUUUUUGGUCAUAAAGUUUAGAGAGAUGAAUAGAAAUCGUCUUUUUUGUGAGCUAGACGUUUAAUUUUGCAGGUAAUCUUCCUCGCUGCCGGCCGUUUGGCCUACUUUGGACCUCCCGGCCAAUCCGUCGACUUCUUCGCACAGUGCGGAUUCCCCUGCCCCAGGCAUUACAAUCCGGCCGACCUGAUCAUCGAAAAACUGGCCAUAGAACCCUACAAUGAGAACGAAUCCCGCCAAAGAAUGGACAGAGUGUGCAAUGCGUUCGAGGAAUCGGAAGGCGCGGUAAAAUUCAUGGAGAGGGUCGAGAAGUGCAGAGGAGUGGAGAUGGAUCAAGAUAUUCUCGACGAAUACACACCGAGAAUGGCGAGCUUUAUGGAGCAGGUGAGGGUCUAGAGAAUUUUUGUUUGUUCUGGAGGCAUUGGGUUGAGGCAGGAUUAUUUUUGGAGAUGUUUCCAACUUUUUUUGAUUUUUUUGAGGUCAAGCUCAAGUAUAAGGUGAAAAAAUGGAGAUUAUUUGCUGGGAUUGUUGUUUACUUGAUUUGGAAGACGGAAUAUGAAAUUAUACGUGUUUUGAAAGUAGAAUUGGAAGGUUGAGUUUAGUUUUUAGAUGAAUUAAAAGGUCUUUUGAUAAGUUGGUCAUGGAUAAGAUAAUUGAAAUUUAGAAAAAAAUUAUAUGCGGUUUUGCACUGCUGAUUGGCUUAGGUUGUUGGGUAUAUCUCUUGUCUUCUAGUAAGAAAAGAAUGGGGUGUUUUCUCAGUUCUAAAUAUUGAUUUUUUAAGUUUUUGGAUUGCUGGGUCAUGUAUAAUAUAAUUAUGAUUUUUUUCUAAACUUCUCAGUGUCGUUUUUUAAACGUACUUUUUUACAGCUUCUCUGUGACUAAUAGGUUUUAUUUCUAGCACUACUUUCUGAGUUUUGAAUAUAUAAGGGCUUAUAUUGACCUUAUUUUAGAUAUCAACCCUUCUGAAGCGGGAUCUCCUCGACAAUUGGCGAAACGCGUCGCUAACCCGCGCCAAACUCAUCCAGAAAACCUUCAUGGGCAUCUUCGUUGGCCUGCUCUACUUCCAAACCCCGACCAACUCGAAAGUCGGCGUCUCGAACGUGAACGGCGCCCUCUUCUACGUGGUUUCGGAGCUGAUUUACAACACGUUCUUCGGAGUCACCGCCUUUCUGCCCUUCGAGUUCCCCCUGUUGGUCCGCGAAUACCAUGAUGGAUUGUAUUAUGUGGCGUCUUAUUUUUUCGCCAGAGCGCUCUCAUAUGCACCAUUGUUCACCAUCGACGGAUUGGUGAUGAUGAGUCUGACCUACACGAUGGCCGGGCUAAUCCCAACUUGGUCGGCGUUUUUGUGGGGAAUGGGUGAGUUUUGAGGUCUUUUUUUGGAUUUUUGGCGAAUUUCGAGGGGUUUUCAGUUUGAAAAUUUGAUUUCCCGCCAAAAUUGGCAUUGUGUUUUGAAGGUCGGAUAGGGUGGAAAAAUUUAUAGAACUGCAAAAUAUGAGGGCAGACCUGAUUCAUUGGACAAAAACGUACCAUUUUGCAUCCGGGAAGUAUCAAAAAUGCAGCAAGAUACCUCCCUCUCCAAGUGAAAAAACUCCGAUUUCAAAAGCGCGCCCACUCUUUUUGUGAGUGAAAGGCCGCGCCCUUCAAAUCGGGUUUUUCUGUAGUUGGAGAGGGAGGCAUUUGGCCACACUUUUGAUACUUCCCGGAUGCAAAAUGAUACGUUUUUUGCCACUGGAUGAGGUCCCUCGCUGUAUGCGGCCGGUUGGACUUUUGGAAGCUGAUUUUGUGAUCGUAUUUUACCCGGUUAUUCUAAAAUUACCAAAAUUUUGCAUGGUUUCAGCCGCCAGCAUCCUAAUUGAGCAAUGUUCCGCCGCCGCCGGAAUCAUGAUCUCCACAAUCUGCCCGUCAUAUUCGGUCGCCGUGGCGGUUGCUGGCCCAAUCCUCGGCCUCCUUUCGCUGACCGGAGGCCUCUACGCCAACGUCGGCUCCCUGCCUUUCUUCAUCAGCUGGCUGCAGAACUUCAGCUGGUUCAAGUACGGCUUCGAAGUGCUGGCCAUCAAUGAAUGGCAGAAUGUGGAGGCGGAAUCCGCCUCCGGCUGCAUUUAUGGAGGCGUCCGAAAGAACCAAAGUCAUUGCAUUCAAACCGAGGACAUUUUGAAUGGGUUCUCAUUCAAGUCCGAGAACUUUUACCCCGAUUUGCUGAUCAUGCUCGGGUUUAUUGCCGGUUUUUAUUUGGUGGGACUGCUGGGACUGUGGGUCAGGGUUAAGAGAGCUAGAUGA